AUGGUUUUUGAGAAAGUUGCAGAUAGCCCUCGAGUAGGCACCCAUAUUCGUAAAACAGAAGGGGAGGGCACUGACGCCUUUGAAUACACUUGCCUACAAGGUACCGACGACAACUUCGCUCCGGAAUAUGGCCCUCGAUACUCCUGGAGCCCAGCCUGCAUGAAAGUCAAGCAUUACACGAACUACAACCCGGAUAUCCGCUUCGAUCUCCGGUACAACUUUUGGCCAAAGACCAGAUUACUGCAAUAUGCUCAGCUGAGAAGGCUUUGGAAUCUGUUGCGGCGCUAUUCAAAGUUUCGAGUUGUUACCUUACAGUCACAACGUCUAUACAUUGGAAGUCGACUACUCCGGCUCCUAGUCAUAAUUCAAGGCCCAAGUUCCAUCUGUUUUGAAUCCGUGAUUUUGGCAGCCAGAAAAGUGGGAAAGAUUGGGCGAUUCUGCCGUAUCUGCUGGACUAUGGAAGCUAUCUUAUUGAAGUACCAGCAAAAGUACUUAGAAGCGUCACCAUCGCACGGCUAA